CGAAUAAAGAAUGAGUUUGACUUGGAAGAAAGUUUUCCCAACAAUGUGUUUUGGGGAAUGGUUAUUUUUAUCCGUUUUUCGGUGAGCAUAACAGCCUAUCACAGGAUCAGUCGGUUGAUUUUCUUGCGUUUUCAGAUAGGUAAAAGUUACAAUCAGACCUCUCAAGAUCUCAGGUUACUCAUCGCUGUGAGCAGUCGAGAUGCGCGCGUGCCGUUAGCAGGCGUGUCUAUAAAUGGAGUUCCAAUGUUGCGGGCUGCUGAGGUUGAAAACGAGAAUUUUAUCGUGAGACAGGCGCUUCUUCGCUUCCGUGUGCUCUAAUAGUGUUCCAGGCGUACCGGUUGUGUUUUUUUUGUUUCCUCAUAAACCGGUAAAUACCACAGGUACUUGAAAAAAAUAUAAAAAUUGAGGGCCAACGAUGUCCUUUAGAGCCUCCAAAUCGGGGUUUGGCUAUGAAGUUCAAAAGAAAAUGGAAGCCAAUUAUGAUCGGGAGGAGGAGGCCGGCACUCCGGUGCAUAUUGUCAACUGGCUGAACGACGUGCUUAACGGAGAACAUGAACAAUGUGCGGGCACCGACUGGAAAUCGAUAUGCACUUACCUCAGAGAUGGAGUAGCUCUUUGCAAGCUCAUUAACAAGCUUUUAGUAAAAGAGGGCAGAGGUCCCGUGCAAUUCCAGAAAAAAGUCAUGUCACCUUUCGUAGCCAUGACAAAUAUUGAGAACUUUAACAAAGGAUGUCUUGACUAUGGACUUGCCAAAGAAUUUGAAUUCCAAAGCGGAGAUCUGUGGGAAGUACGAAAGGGACCCUUCCUUAACGUCAUCAACUGCAUCCACAGCCUGGGAUUUGUUGCCAAUUCCAAAAAAGUGAUGCCAUGUUACCAAGGCGAGGUCACAAAGUACCUGGACAGGGAUUAAAGAUCUAGCUAAUCACAUCAGCCUUAAUAAGAUACACGUGAUAUAUAACAUGGUCAUUGUUGUUAAUCAUUUUUAUCGGUUUCCGAUUUUUUUUAAAUGCUGAGUUGCCAAAUUAGGGACACUUGCAACAUUAUAUAUAUAUCUAUCUAUAUGUAUUUUCAGUAUGAAGAUUUUAGAAUAUUUUCGUCCUUCUCUGAGGAUUAUAUACAUGCAAUAAUUUAUCUCGGAAAUGUCUAUGUAUAUCAACUAUUCGUAGUGAACAUUUUAUUUUUUGAAUACUUACCAGAGUACUUAAGUAGCUAUUAAAUACCGAUUUGUAAUAUUUAUUUUGAAGGGAAAGAAAUUUGUAUUGGAUGUCAUAAAUGUUACAUGUCAUAUUUAUGAAUGUAAAUGCUUAAUAAAUUAUCUAAAACAAUGCAAAA